ACCACACAGAGCGUUUCCAAGUUCCUGAGUCACUCGAACUUCUUUCUUUGCCGAAAUUGAAUUCCACCAUCACUACGUCGUCGUUUUCACUUUGUCGAAUUUUCCGUCACCGUAGCUGAAAAUUUUGCAUCUCUGAGGGAAUUCCCCCCCCCCCCCCUUUUCGAUUACAGUUUCUAGGGUUUACCGUUUCUCUCUGGUGAUUGUUUUGGAAAUGGGAAGCAGAAAGGAAGAAGAGAGGAAUGAGAAAAUCAUCAGAGGUCUCAUGAAGCUUCCGCCGAAUCGAAGAUGCAUCAACUGCAAUAGUAUGGGUCCGCAAUAUGUUUGUACGAAUUUUUGGUCCUUCGUUUGCGUGACAUGCAGUGGAAUACAUCGUGAGUUUACCCAUCGUGUGAAGUCUGUAUCUAUGGCAAAGUUCACUGCACAAGAAGUUGAUGCUCUUCAAAAUGGGGGUAACCAGCGUGCAAGGGAAAUAUAUUUGAAAAAUUGGGACUUCCAAAGGCAGCGGUUGCCAGAUAGCAGCAAUGUUGAUAAAAUAAGAGAGUUUAUAAGGAAUGUAUAUGUGGAUCGAGGAUACGCUGCAGCAAGGUCUUCUGACAAGCCUCCAAGAGAUGUGCAGAGCCCUAGAAUCCAUGAAGAUGAUACAAGGCGUGCUAGUUCUUAUCACUCGUUUUCUCAAAGUCCUCCAUAUGAUUACCAAUAUGAAGAUCGAAGAUAUGGAAAACAAGCAGCUGCACUGACCAGGAAACCUGGUUCAGAUAAAGUUCGCUAUGAAGGAAAGAUGAGUAGUAUUAUCUAUAGUCCUGGUCGUUUCAGUGAUCAAGUAUAUGGUGACAGAUUUGCAAAUGAGGGAUCUGGUCCCAGAAUUUCUGACUUUUCUGUGUCUAGUGGUGGCGAACAAUUCAAAUCUGAUGUUCACUCUCCCAAUUCUGAAAAGGAUAUUGGGUUUAAUAGUCCACCCUAUCAGCGUUCUGGUGCCCGUUCAAGUGAAGAUGUAUGGUCUCAUGCAAGAAGUACAUCUCUGGAAACAAAUUCCAAGAGAGAAGCAGAUGGAAUUCAUCAUCCCCAGAGAACUACUUCACUAGGAUCAACAGACAGCAACCUGUCAUCCUUAAGAUCUUACAAUUCUGGUGGUUUAGUUGAUUUUUUCUCAGAACCUAUCCAAGCUUCUGGAUCUCUUCAGAAUAAAGUGUCUUGUGUUCCACAGCAAUCUGGUCUGGGAGGUUCUGUUAGUUCAGAUCUUUCCAAGGCACCGGUGGCACAUAAACCAUCAUCUUCAUCAGCUUCAUCUGUUGAUCUUUUUCAGUUGCCAGCUGCACCUUUUAAGGCUUCAGCAGUGGAUCUGUUUCAGACAUCUGUUUUAUCAGCUGUUCCAUCUAUCAAUGAGAUUCAACCCACGCAAACAUCCCAACCAUCAUCUGUUGACUUCUUUGUUGAUGCUUUUCAGCAUCCAUCUGCUUCAGCCUCAAAUGAGAAGUCAGUAGAGUUAUCGGUCCCCGAAAAUGAACGAUGGGCAACAUUUGACACACCUCAACACACAACAUCUACUGCACGAGUUGAAAUUCCAGCAACAGUAUCUUCAACUGCUGACUCUUUGCAGGAAAUAUUUGAUCCAUUUUUAAUCUUAAAUGCAAAUAUGCAAUGGCCAUCUUUUGAAACAUCUAGUGUUAGUGUUCCUUCUUCAGUUAAAUCUAAUAUAUGGCAUGAUGGUGUGCAAAAUGGAGAAGAACAAGUUUCUGUUACAGCCACAAAGAGUCAAAUUUGGUAUGUUGAGACUGAACAGCCAUGGAAUGCAUUUGAAGAUUCUGGCACUGCUAUUCCUGUGGAUGCCCUUAAUCAAGGAUUACAAGUGCACAAUCUUCCGUCAACUGAUGAUCAGUUUUUGGAAAUACAAGCUUCUGAGCUAUCCAAUAAAGGUGGGAUGCAAGGCAUUGCCCCUGUUAACGGGUUUGAUGAUCAUGAUCUCUCAUCACAUUUUGUUAGUGGCUUACCAUAUCCUCCAUCUGCAUAUCCUCAGAUGGGAGGGGUUCAACCUAAUGAAAUCAACCGUAAAUCAACUAAUCCAUUUGAUUAUCCCUAUGAUUCUGAUGUAGAGCACAAUAAUAUGUUUCCAUUGCAAUUCCUUGAUAUCAGCUCUUUGCAAGCUGCUCUGCCGGAUUCCCAGUUACCACCCACCUUCCACAGUGGUAUUGCUGAACCAUGGCUCCCUCAAAAUUCAGUGAACCCUUAUAUUUCCUCUGCAGGACAAGGUGGUUUCACACUCAUGGCUGCACAACCACCAAGUUCCCAAAUACCGAAUGUCCAGACACAGGGACCAGUUGCUUCUUUUGGGGGUAAUCCUUUUGCAUAGGAUUAUGCUGUAGAAGGUGGAAUCAGUCAUCUAGAGAUUUAUGGAUAGCCAGUUUAGUUACUCAUGAGAAAGAUGUCAAUGCUUUUGUUUUUAUCAGAUUAAACUGUUUUUCCCAUUACUUUCAUGGUAAGGAAGGCCUUGCAAUUCAUAGUCCCUACUAUGUAUAGGCCAUGCAUUUGUAAUGUUGUAAUUGAAUGUCAUUGUAGUUAGAAUUCUUGAUGUUUAUUAGUGUUGUGGCAGAUAAUGAACAUGAUCAAAUUGGAUUUUAGAUUGAGAGACUUUUGAAGGUAUUCGACUUGGUUUGCAAUUGUAAUUGGACAGAGUUCAAGAGCAUUUGAUUUUCU